AUGACCGCCUUGGCAGGGACCGUUCCCAGGAUGAUGCGUCCAUCUCUGUCUCAAAACUUUCGCAGUGGAUUCCCGAUGGAAGUUUCCACUCCGAUGGGCCAGGGUCGAGUCAACCAGCUCGGAGGAGUUUUCAUCAACGGUCGGCCUCUACCGAAUCACAUAAGACACAAGAUAGUAGAGAUGGCCCAUCACGGGAUCCGGCCCUGCAUUAUAUCCCGCCAGCUCAGAGUCUCUCACGGCUGCGUGUCCAAAAUCCUGUGUCGGUACCAGGAGACUGGAUCCAUACGGCCCGGAGUCAUCGGCGGGAGUAAAUCCAAGACUACAUCUCCAGAAAUGGAAAAGCGCAUUGAGGAAUAUAAACGGGAUAAUCCAGGAAUAUUCAGUUGGGAAAUUCGGGAUAAAUUGCUCAAAGAGGGGUUUUGUGACCGGAACAACGUACCCUCAGUGAGUUCAAUAAGCCGCAUUAUGAGAGGCAGAUAUGACUCAAAAUGUGACGAAGAGGAGGAGGAUGAAGAAGACCUUGAAAGGCAAGAACUGGCACACAAGAGCGGACACCACAUCAAAGGGAUUUUAGCAGACAGAUUGGGUCCAUCCGAUGAAGGUUCGGAUUUGGAGUCAGAACCCGAUCUGCCAGUGAAAAGAAAACAGCGCCGCAGUCGAACCACCUUCACCACCGAUCAGCUGGAGGAGCUGGAGAGAGCUUUUGAACGCACGCAUUACCCUGAUAUAUACACCAGAGAAGAGCUCGCACAGAGAGCAAAACUCACAGAAGCACGAGUACAGGUGUGGUUCAGUAAUAGAAGAGCUCGAUGGAGGAAGCAAGCAGGAGCAAAUCAGCUCAUGGCAUUCAAUCACCUGAUCCCUGGUGGAUUUUCACACCCAGCGAUAUCCAAUAUCUCCCCGUAUCAGCUGUCAGAAUGCCAAUACCCACCCACUGGCAUCUCUCCUGAUUCAAGUACUGUGCACAGACCUCAGCCCCUCCCCCUGCCCUCAAGCAUUCAGAGUUCUGGAGGGGCAGGGCAAGAAGGCGGGGCUUCCUACUGUCUCUCCAGUCGGAAUGGUUACGUGGGAUAUUCUGAGACUUUUGGACCUCACAACAGCCACUCUAACACUACCAUCAAUAAUGGAUUAUCUUCUCAGGUUAUGGGAAUAAUAGCCCCAGCAGGAGUUCCACACCAGACACCGGCUGAGUAUUCUCUGUCCUCUCUCAGUGGUGCUCUAGAGUCGGGUUGUUCCCCGAGCGCCACCUGCUCCCACCGUAUGGAGACUCUGUCUAGUCUACCUGCCCUCUCCAACCUGGCCAGUUCACAGUCCUACGGCCCACCUUCAUUCUACAGUAUGGAACACAGCAGCCCCUACCAGUACAGCCAGUAUGGACAAAGUAAGUGGGAGGAGGUGAGCAUCAUGGACGAGAAGAAUAUCCCCAUCAGAACAUACCAGGUGUGUAACGUAAUGGAGGCCAGUCAGAACAACUGGCUUCGGACUGACUGGAUACGACGUGGCCCGGCCCAGCGUAUCUACAUUGAGAUUAAAUUCACCUUGCGUGACUGUAACAGCCUGCCUGGUGUCAUCGGCACCUGCAAGGAGACGUUCAACCUUUACUACCUAGAAUCCGACACCGAUAAUGAGCGUUAUGCUCACGAAAGCCGUUUUGCGAAGAUCGACACGGUGGCUGCGGAUGAGAGCUUCACGCAGGUGGAUAUCGGCGAUCGGAUCAUGAAGCUAAACACUGAAGUUCGGGAUGUUGGGGUGGUCAGCCGGAAAGGUUUCUAUUUGGCCUUUCAGGAUGUAGGAGCCUGCAUCGCUUUAGUUUCCGUUCACGUGUUUUAUAAGAAGUGUCCGUUAGCUGUGAGGAACCUUGCACAGUUUCCUGAUACGGUAACAGGGGCGGACACGUCGUCUCUCGUGGAGGUGCGCGGCUCUUGUGUGAACCAUUCAGAAGAGCAGGAGGUUCCAAAGAUGUAUUGCGGUGCAGACGGAGAGUGGCUGGUGCCCAUUGGUAGUUGCCUGUGUAAUCCUGGAUACGAGGAAUGGAAUGAGCAAUGCCAGGUUUGUAAAGCUGGCUACUACAGAUCUCUGUCUUCAGACGGCAGCUGUCGUAAAUGUCCUCUGCACAGUUUUUCCAUAAAUGAAAGAGCCACUUCUUGUGAUUGUGACAAAGGAUAUUACAGAUCAGAGACCGACCCUGCGGCCAUGCCUUGCACACGUCCUCCAUCAGCGCCUCACAAUCUGAUAUCCAAUGUGAACGAGACAUCAGUGCUGUUAGAGUGGAGUCCGCCUCUCUCCUCCGGAGGCCGUCAGGAUCUCACCUACAACGUGGUGUGUAAGCAGUGUGUACGGGACAUGCAAAAAUGCACACCAUGUGGGGACGAUGUGCAGUACUCUCCGCAGAGGCUCAGUUUGCGCUCCACUCGUGUGUCUGUACACCAUUUGCAGGCACAUACCAACUACACUUUCCAGAUCUGGGCUGUCAACGGUGUGUCCAAGCACAAUCCCAGCCCGGAGCAGUCGGUGUCUGUUACACUCACCACCAACCAGGCCGCUCCCUCCACGGUCAUGUUAGUUGAGAGUAAGGACAUCACCCGUCACACUCUCUUUCUGUUCUGGCAGGAACCAGAGAAACCCAACGGUGUCAUACUGGAAUAUGAGGUCAAAUAUUACGAGAAGGAUCAGAAUGAGAGGAGUUAUCGCAUCAUAAAGACAACUUCUCGUAAUGCUGAUAUUAAAGAUCUGAUCCCGCUGACCUCAUACGUGUUUCACGUGCGUGCUCGCACCGCUGCGGGCUAUGGAGAGUUCAGCGCUCCGUUUGAGUUCAGCACCAACACAGUCACAGCUUCGAUUAUUGGAGGAGUGAUGAGUUCUGCUGUGUUGUUGCUGUUGGUGGCCGGUUGUGUGGUUGUUCUCCUCCUCAUCCUCAUCAGUGCCUUCAUCAUCACCAAAAAGAGGGGCAAAUACAGCAAAACUAAACAGGCCGAGGAGAAACACCUGCAGCCAGGUGUGAGGAUAUAUGUGGACCCCUUCACCUACGAAGACCCAAACCAGGCCAUCAGGGAGUUCGCUAAAGAGAUCAGCACCUCCUUUAUCAAGAUCGAAAAAGUGAUCGGCAUUGGUGAGUUUGGAGAGGUUUGCAGUGGUCGUCUGAAGCUUCCUGGAAAGCGAGAGAUCUGUGUGGCCAUCAAGACGUUGAAGGCGGGGUUUACCGAACAGCACAGGCUGGACUUCCUGAGCGAGGCCAGCGUUAUUGGCCAGUUUGACCAUCCCAAUAUCAUUCAUCUAGAAGGUGUUGUAACCAAAUGUAAACCAGUUAUGAUUAUCACAGAGUACAUGGAGAAUGGUUCACUGGACAUGUUUCUUAGAAAGAAUGAUGGACGCUUUACUGUAAUUCAGCUGGUGGGCAUCCUAAGAGGUAUCGCAUCUGGUAUGAAAUAUCUUUCCGACAUGAGUUAUGUUCAUCGGGACCUUGCAGCUAGGAACAUUCUAGUAAACAGCAACCUGGUGUGCAAAGUAUCAGACUUUGGGAUGUCCAGAGUGCUUGAAGAUGAACCAGAAGGAGCAUACACUACCAGGGGAGGGAAGAUUCCCAUUCGCUGGACGGCUCCAGAAGCCAUCGCAUACAGAAAGUUCACCUCGGCAAGUGAUGUGUGGAGUUACGGCAUCGUCAUGUGGGAAGUGAUGUCGUAUGGUGAACGUCCAUAUUGGGACAUGAGUAACCAGGAUGUGAUAAAGGCAAUAGAGGAAGGGUACCGGUUGCCGCCGCCCAUGGAGUGCCCGCUGGCUUUACAUCAGCUCAUGCUGGAGUGCUGGAUGAGGGAGCGUGCAGAGAGACCCAAAUUCAGCCAGAUAGUCAACAUGCUGGACAAACUCAUACGCAAUCCUGCAUCACUCAAGAGGACAGCGGGAGACACCUGCAGGCCAAACCCCUCCACACUUCACCACGCCCCCUCUGAAGGCUCUGCCACAUUGUUGGGUUCUGUGGAUGAAUGGCUGAAAAUCAUUGGAUUAGAGCAAUACACAGACAACUUCAUCACAGCAGGACACUGUAAUUUAGAUAGUGUUAUACACAUGAGCCAAGAGGAUCUGGCCAAAAUGGGAAUUUCAUGCAGUGCACAUCAGAGAAAGAUCCUGACCAAUAUCCAUGAUUUAUUGUCUGGAAUGCAAAGACAAGACAAAAAGGUUCCUGUCUGAUCCAGGAAAAACAAUGUGUCAUGAUGUUUAACAUGAAUUUCAAGAGGGACGGAAUAUUUCACAUCACUCUUGCACUUUAAUGGAGAAUGGUAUGAAGAUCAGAGAAUGAAUGAGUUAAACUGCACUUUUUCUCGACCUCUUUGUGAUUGGGAUUAUUUUAACUGAUCUUUUGUUAAUUAAAAUGACUUUGAUCUCUUUGGGCUCUUUGGAUGAGAUUUCUGAAUAUGUUUCUGAGUCUUUAGUUUCAAGUUUGAGGCUGUAAAGGUAUAUUUUUGCCAGGAGAAAGAGUUGUCCUCCUUGAGUAUGCGGAAAGAACAGUUUAAAUUUUAAAUGCAAACAGACUACGGCAUUUUUCUCCUCAGGUUCUUUUCAGGAUGGGCACUCAUCAUCGACAGGAAGAAAUUGUUCUCUGUGGAUCAGAUCUGAAUGUUAUAUUCAAACGAAUCUUUUGCCUCAGGAGAGUUUGAGCCUUUUCAAACUAAACUAAUAGACCCUUUGGAUUGUGUGUUUAUUUUAUGAAGCCCAGAUGGAGCAGAGGCAUUGCACGAUGGAAAAAUGUAUUGCUUUAUUUGUAGAAAUCUGAGGAAAGACAAGAUGAAAGAUUAGAUUUAAGUCUUAAAUUACUCAUGUUCAGUGUAUCCAAUUUUUGGAUUUUUAAAAUAGCAAAAUAAAUGAAUUUCUUUCUUUCUUUCUUUCUUUCUUUCUUUCUUUCUUUCUUUCUUUCUUUCUUUCUUUCUUUCUUUCUUUCUUCCUUGUCCCUAUCCUGUUUGUUUCCCUUCUUUCCAUUUCAUUGACUUCCAUUUUGUCUUCUUUCAGGAUAAAUGGAUGUCAAUUUUGAGGUCUCUCAUACUAUUUUUUAAUUGACUCAGCAACCAGAGAUUACACAAAAAUUGAACCAGACUGUAUGUUUAUAUGUUUACUAUGUGUCAGUCAUUUCAAAAAACAUAAGACUGAAUUAAGUGAAUCAUAGCAAGAAUUUUUAUAGUUACAAAUCUAUUUUUUGACAUUUAUUUCAGUACCCUGUACAUAAUCUAGAAUUCUGUGUGUACAUACAAUGAUUUCAAUGUUUUUUCUUUAUGAUGUACACAAUACCAGCAGCCUUUGCUUUGUACAGCUUUUGAGUCCUUGAUAUUUUCUUCCUUUACAUUUGAAUGUAUUUAAUUGAACAUAAUACUAAUUUUGACAAUAACACAUUGUAAAACAGCAGCACAUUUCAGAACAGUCCUAUAACAGGUUGAGGAAUCAUUUAAUUUCAUACUUUCUGCUUUUUCUCUUUUAGGUGCACUUAACUUAUGACCUUUA